AUGAAACUAGAGUAUUACAGCGAAGCCACACCAGAGAAUUACAUACCACCUGGAUUCAAGUGUGCAGAUGAUGUCACUUUCACCUAUGAAGAAGAUAAUAUCAGUGUACGGAUGGGUAAAGUGAGAACAGUUCACCAUGGCAUUAAGAUGCACAUACAAACAAGUCGAAGGCUGCUACCUGGAUCUACUCAGUCAACACAAGAAGACAAACCUGUUCAUAAACUAUUGUUAAAUUUACAAGGUGAAGAUAGACUGAAUGAAGAAGAUGAACUCAGUUUAUCUCUUCGACAACAGACAUUAAGAUCCGAUGAAGAUGGAUCCGAAGGCUAUGAAGCUCGGUGUCCAUGUGGUGCGAACGAAGAUGAUGGCAUAAUGGUUUUAUGUGAUGGAUGCGGCAAGUGGCAACAUGCGGUUUGCUUUCAAAUUCUGGAGGAACGUGAUGCACCCACCUCACAUAUUUGUGAGAUAUGUGCAACUUUAAAGCCUGAACUUCUUCAAACUGGAGGCAUCACAGAUGAGACUAUUCAGAAACUGACUGUUGAAGCUAGAAAGACAAUUUGUCUCUUCAGACGCGCAUUAGCCCUGUCUAAAAGUCUUGGAGUGGAGUACGCGGUCGCUCGUGGGAUUUUCAACCGUUUGAUGAAAGAGCAAGUCAUAAAAGGAGCAGGAACAAGAAGAGGUGAAAAACUUGUUGAAAAGGAAUACUUGGAAAGCAUCGUAUUGCCACGCUUUUUCAGUCGUAUCAGUCUGAAUGAAAAACCAUUGGAAACUGCGGUGUCACCUCAACUGUCAACCCAUCAACAAUCAGCCACAAUUCGACAUACACCUGGAAAACGCACGCAGGAUAGUAUUUCCAAAUCGAGUGCGGAGAAGGAGUUUGAAGAAUUGAUCAACGCAAGUCAAGACUCAACGGUAUCACCAAUAUCACAUAAAAUAAGAAAAAUGCAUUUGGCAAAUACACCUAUUGGCGUACUUCCCCAGUGA